UCGUGAGAGAGGUCAGUGCUGCCUCCAAAGAUUGCGGAGAAAAUUAAAUUCGUGUGCGUAAUAUAAUUUCCGAUUCCGUAGCUAAUCAAAUUAUAUAACUACAAUUUCGAUAAAUAUUGGCGCCUAACGAUCGUUUUGCGCAUUUCGAAGAUGGAGUAUUACAGUGAUUCAGAAGAGGAAUCUUUGGGAGCCAAGGUUGCAAUGUUCAACCAAUAUGCUGACAAACAUAAAGACAAGCAGAGCAAAAAUCCGUUCAGUUCUGGUCUGGACAUCGAAAAGCCGAAAUUCUCGAAAGAAGAAUAUGGCAGACCAGAAGCAGGUUCUUUAUCCGAUUUACGCGGUCGCAAAGCGAACGCUCAUGUCUUGAAAGAAAUUCUGGAGCUUUGCGAAAUUAUUAGUCAUGAAGGCACACCCUGUCGGGAUCAACCUGACGUAAUCGCCAUUACAUUCGGCGAUAUUUUUAACAUUUACACAAAUAUUAGCAACAAAUGUGUAGGAUUGUUGCUGAGAGCGAGGAAACAGAAGUUUUUAGAAUUUGAAGGCGAAUGUCUCUUUCAGAGAAGAGACGAUGAUGUACCGAUAUUUUUAAUCAAACCCAUCGAAGAUAUUCGUAAAGAAUAUAAUCAACGACUUGAGGAAAUCCGAAACAUUGCACUGGAUAGUUAAAUUAUCACUGUUUCUAUUAAUGUUAUCAUCAAAUGACAUUCGUGACUGUCGCAAUCAAAGGAUCCAGUUUGACCUGUAUUUAUUCAUUUAUAUUUCACAGAAAGUAACACGGAUGACCAGUAUAAUAUGUAAUAAUUUAUAUUCAAUCCGUCGAUUUUGUAUAUUGAGAAUGAAUGAAUGCGGAUCGGUGUAAAUAUUUUCGCGAGUGGCGCAUGUGAGAUAUUUUAAUGUGACAGUAGAACGAUUAGCGAUUAUAAUACAAUUUUUAUAGAAAUAUUUUACUGAUACUGUUAAUUAUGUAAAUAUCUGGCGCAAAAAAUAAAUAAUUGGU